GCGAGAUGAGUUAUGCAGUCAACUACAUCGGUCACUACCUUGUUCCUUGGGACUGGGGCAACAAGCCUAUGGUAGCAACGUGUACAGGGAAACGAGAGGCCAGCAGAAGGGCCGUGUCAGACAUUACCGUGUCCGCGACCUGCUCGUCCUCACUUGACCUCAAGGUUACAGUUGACAUGGGCCCAGCGGAGACUUUUCCUGGCAUUGACCACUUUCAGUACGCCAUAGAGCCGGCGAGUACCUGGGUGCAAGGCUAUACACCAGGUAUGCACACAUGUACCUCUGCAACCUGCCAGAAAGAUGGCAACAAGGCCAUCCUCUCUAUCAAAUCUCCGGCUAAUGAAUUUAAGCUGGCCAUAAACGUCAUCGGAAGACUAACAUUGCCUAGACAAUCUUGGCUGGAGAAACCCUACGAGGGCAAAUGUGAUGGUUCUGUUUUGCGAGACGGCGACACCUCAACGAAUCCAGGCACGUCGAAUCCACCCAUACAAAAGCCAGGAGGCAACAACAACAACAACAACCAACCUUUCAACCCGACCUACACCACCAGCGACAUCUCUGAAGCCAGCAAGAAGUUCGUCAUGGAACUCAACGAACCAGGAACAGACCUCCCCGGCCAGACCCGCAAAUUCAUUGUUUACUUCUCUUCUCCGGUUGUUGCCAGAAUAGACGAGGCUGGAAGUAAGGUGACUUUUCAACCACAGGGAGGUGGUGCUUACACCGGCCUGGCUCAGAUUGUGUAUGCCGGGACGUCGCCAAGAGGAGACGGUUCCAAGGUGAACUUCUUCGACAAGUAUGCGGGGUUCUACUCCUACAGUCCAACGCUGAAGUACUGCGCUAGUCAGUCAAGCAAUAAGGUCUACGUCAGUUACGACUGGAACACCAAAGACGCAAAUGGCAAUGCUCCUGGCGGGAACCUGUUAAUGGUGACAAUGCCACAUCAUGCAUUACUUCUACAGAAGACGCAUCCAGAAAAGUUGAUAGACACACCGUUUUUCUACAAAGCUUUUGAAGGUAAUGACUGGCUGAUGGAAUAUGAUUUAUUACACACAGAAAUCGACCCUGAUCCACAGGGCGUGGCCAAAGUCAAAGCGAAUCCGUCACAGCUGAAGGAUAUUUUAGCUGCCAUCGACAGAGACGCGCAGAAACAGAAUUUAGACGGCAACUGCGCCCACACCGACAGUUACAAUGGUGGUAAAGACAUAGGAAUGGUGGCUCGGUUGGCCAGCCUCUCCAGGGUGUUCGGCACCAACCAUUACCAGAAGCUGGACGAAUCCAUCAAAAACUGCCUGGAGAAAUGGCUGAGGAUUUCAGAUACACUAGAAGACCUAUGGAAGUUCCAUUACGACACUGUCUGGGGCGGCUUGUUCCUGAGGGCCACCACUGAUGCUCAGGUGGAUUGGGGCACGGACUAUGGAUUCCCUUACUACAAUGACCAUCACUUCCAUCUGGGCUACUAUAUCUAUGCCAUGGCCUACUAUGUCAAACAUAACCAGGCCUGGGGUAACGCUCACAAAGACCGGAUCUAUGCUGUAGUUCGUGAUGUGGGCAAUCCUAGCCCCAAGGAUCCUUUCUUUCCAGUUGCCAGACAAAAGGAUCACUUUACCGGAUUUUCAAUAGCUUCUGGAUUGGUACCAGGGAUUAGACAGGAAGAGUCAGCGUCUGAGGGCAUCAACUGUUACCACGGGAUAGCUGGACUGGGUGAUGCCUUCAAUGAUCAGAACCUCAAACAAACUGGGCAAGUUCUGCUGGCCAUGGAAAUACACUCUGUGAGAGAGUACUGGCAGGUCAGGGCUCACAAUCGCAACCACUUCCCGCCCGUCAUCCAGAACUAUGGAGUUGUUGGCAUGGUUACAGAGUCGGACUUCUACGCCUACACACUCAACUGGCCAUGCUGGCCCAACAUCUUUCCUCAACGCCAUGCCUGCUUGAUUGGUAUACAGGUCAUCCCUAUCACUGCAGUCUCCAAGUACUGGGUGGACCAGGAAUGGGCCGGAAGUAUCCGACAGAGCUGUGAAUGGGCAAACAACCCUAGCUCUCAUCCGAGCUACCACUUAGCCGAUAUGACAGAUGAGCUGAAAACUCCACUUGGAACUGGUUGGCAAGCAUUCUGUCACGCCGCCAUGGCACCUCUAGAUGCUGCUCAUGCAGCAGCAGCUGCAGAUUUCGUCAGGAACCUCGGCCCCCAAGAUCUGGUUGGAGGCACAGGCUCGGCCAGUACAUUGUUGUUCAUUUAUGCCAGCACAUAA